GGAUCCCUGCGUGCUGCAGCCGAGAAGCAUGAUGGAGGAGCAUCUGGAGGUUGGGAAGGAGAGCACGCCUUCCUCCAUGUCUGUGGAUCUGCAGGGAGACAGCUCCUUACAGGUGGAGAUCUCCGACGCAGUGAGUGAGCGGGACAAGGUGAAAUUCACUGUUCAAACCAAGAGCUGCCUCCCCCACUUCGCCCAGACCGAGUUCUCCGUGGUGCGGCAGCACGAGGAGUUCAUCUGGCUCCACGAUGCUUACGUGGAGAACGAAGACUACGCCGGCCUCAUCAUACCCCCGGCACCCCCGAGGCCAGACUUUGAGGCUUCCAGGGAAAAGCUGCAAAAGCUGGGCGAGGGGGACAGCUCCGUCACCCGGGAGGAGUUUGCCAAGAUGAAGCAGGAACUGGAAGCGGAGUACCUGGCCAUCUUUAAGAAGACAGUUGCGAUGCACGAGGUCUUUCUGCAGCGCCUGGCAGCCCACCCCACCCUGCGUCGGGAUCACAACUUCUUUGUCUUCUUGGAAUAUGGACAGGAUCUGAGUGUCCGAGGAAAGAACAGGAAGGAGCUUCUUGGGGGAUUUCUAAGGAAUAUCGUGAAGUCUGCAGAUGAAGCCCUCAUCACCGGCAUGUCAGGGCUCAAGGAGGUGGAUGACUUCUUUGAGCAUGAGAGAACCUUCCUGCUGGAAUACCAUACCCGCAUCCGAGACGCCUGCCUGCGGGCUGACCGUGUCAUGCGCUCCCACAAGUGUCUGGCAGACGAUUACAUCCCUAUCUCCGCUGCGCUGAGCAGUCUGGGAGCACAGGAAGUCAACCAGCUAAGGACGAGCUUUCUCAAAUUGGCAGAACUCUUUGAACGGCUGAGGAAGCUGGAGGGCCGGGUGGCUUCUGACGAGGACCUGAAGCUGUCGGAUAUGCUGAGAUACUACAUGCGAGACUCCCAGGCAGCCAAGGACCUGCUGUACCGACGGCUGCGGGCGCUGGCCGACUACGAGAACGCCAACAAGGCCCUGGACAAGGCCCGCACCAGGAACCGGGAGGUGCGGUCUGCUGAGUGCCACCAGCAGCUGUGCUGCCAGCGCUUCGAGCGCCUCUCAGACUCCGCCAAGCAGGAGCUCAUGGAUUUCAAGUCCCGUCGGGUCUCCUCUUUCCGAAAGAACCUCAUCGAACUGGCGGAGCUGGAGCUCAAACACGCCAAGGCCAGCACCCUGAUUCUCCGCAACACCCUUGUUGCCCUAAAGGGGGAGCCUUAGAGCAAGCAGCGAGAGGCUGGACAGACCCUGCUCUGGGACCCUCGGGGCAAGGUUCUCCCAGACCCUCCUCCCCAGCAAGAUGCCUCCUUCCCUAGCAAUGUGGCUACUAGCCACACCCUUCCACCACCCCACAUCCUCUCAGGGCAAGCCUGAGCCCGACCCCCUCCCAAAGGUGCCAGGUCCUGAAAAAGCACCAUACUUGGCCAAAGCCCAGCUGAGCCUCGGGGACCCUGACCUUCCUCCCCAGGAGGCUGAGGGACAGCCUCUACCCACCCCUCGGGCCUUGAAGAAGUAAGCUCAUUUGCUCCCAGCCUGUUCUUCACAAAUUAAAGGCCUGAUUUUGUAGCAAGGGA